UCUCACACUAGAUUCCGAACUCACAUUGCGUCUAAUCUCAUCUACGAAUAGACGACCAAAACCAGCCAGGCAAAGCGAGGAUGAGCUCGAGCCAGAGGACGCUCCGGGACGUGAUGAUGCAGGAGGAGAGGCCGACCACCAUGGCCAGCCGCCUCCUCGCCCCGGACGCCUCCCUCUCCAACCCCUCCUUCCGCACCUACUACGGCGUCGCCUCCGCGGGCUCGGUGCCGUUCCUCUGGGAGUCGGCGCCGGGGACGCCCAAGAACGACGGCGCCUCGUCCAGGGCGCUCCCGCCCAUCACGCCGCCGCCUUCCUACUACAGCAAGACGAAGAUCACCAAGUCGGAGUCCUCCAAGAAGCUGCUCUCGUCCUCCAGGCCGGCCAGCUUCGUCCCGACGAUGUUCCGCAGGAGCCACACGAUGCCGGCUCCCUCGCCGUCCAAGGAGUACAGCCGGAGGAAGAGGCUGGUGGCGAGCCCGCCGCGGUCGUCCUUCUCGUCCACGUCAAGGGGAGAGGACGAAGAAGCGGACGGCGGGGCGGCGUCACCGACGUCUACCCUGUGCUUCCGCGCCCGGCGCUCCGGCGGGGGAACCGGCAGGCUGCAUGGGAUGAUUGCCUCCGUGGUGGGAAGGUAAAGUUCGGCUGAAUCUUAACCACGGUGGUUUCCAUUUUUCGACCGUCUGUCGCCUCGUUGGGUAGUUUUACAGUAAUGUGGCUUCAUCUUUGUUUACUACUAUGUGCGGGAAGCAGACGACAGGAGGUUAAUUUGUAACUUUACGAGGUUACAAGCUUAUGACAUGGAUAUUAAGUUUUGGACACGGUAGAACAAUACUAAUGUGUUUAAUACGCAUGAUCAGUUUGUGCCAUUUCGUGUACUCCCUCCUUCUAUCUAUAUAGGGCCUAAUGCGUUUUUAAGACCGCCUUUGACUAUUGACAAGAUUAAUAGUACAUGACAUGCACAAUGUGAAAAUUAUAUCAUUGACAGCUCCUUUCACACACGAAUUUAACGGUGUGCUUUGUGUAAGUUGCAUGUCAUAUAUUAUUGCUCUAGUAUUUGGUCAAAAUUAGCCUCGAAAAACGCAUUAAGCCAUAUAUAAAUGGAAGGAGGGAGUAUAUAAUUUGCGUGCUGAUGUUAAUAUGUGUGUAUUGACUCUCUAUGUCUGUCUGUUACCGUGUUUGGAGAAAAAAGGGUAUGUAUUACCGCCUUUUUAUCAAGUACUUGUACCAUGGAUACUAUAAUAUAGACAUGGAUUGUGCCCUCUUUCAGGUUGUGUCAUCUUCUUUACCAAACAUACAUGUAGGCUGUAGCCCUCAUGCAUGGUUUAAAGCAAUAGGUUGUUCUAAACAAUAAUGUUUUUAAUACACUUGAUCACUUUGUGCCAUUUCCAUCUCAAAAAGAGUGAAUUCCAGUUUUUUACCCUUUAUUUUGACAUUUUUGGCAUACAUUAUCUCAUUUAACAUCUAUUCUUUUAGAUUACGUUAUUUAGCAAAUGCUUUGCCAGUUUUUACCUCAUUUAGCGUAAGUUUAACUAGUAUCUACUUUCUACCCCAUUUAGCCAUCUAUCAUGCGUAGCUUGAUUCAUCCCGAUUUUUCUCCUGGUGUUUCUUCCUCGCAUCCUAACUGGUCAAAUGGCUUAGUUGGACAUCAUUUCUUCUCACGGUCAUCAUGUGUACAUACGCUCUCCUUUACCUUGAUGGAUUUCUUCUU